AUGUCACUUGCGAAGGAAUUUGUCAACUCGUUAAACUGGCACAAAACACUAUUUGAUGACUCACAAGAUCGAUGUUAUUGUACUAAAUGUUAUCCAAUUCCUUGGGAUGAUGUCAUUUCAACAGGCAAUGCUAAUUAUGUUAUACCCCGUGGUUGGACUCGUUUAGGUCUUCGUGUCGAUCCGAUGCUUAUCGAUGCAUAUGAUAUUUGGAAUAAGUGGAUAGUAACAUUUCAUGGAACUACAAAAACAGCUGCACUAUCAAUUCUUAUUCAUCGACAUUUUUAUUUACCAGGAGAUAAAUUAAUUGAUGGUACCACGUUGGGUAUUAGAGACGGGCAUAUUCCUAAUAAAAAAUUCAUUUUCACAUCUCCCACUAUUGCUUACUCAAGUUCGACGAUAUACGCUCCGAAUAAUGACUUUUAUUCAAGUACGAAUAAUACCUUAUAUGAAGCGCAGCUUGUGCUUCAAUGUCGACAACAACCAGACUCAUUUAAAAUUCAGGGUGAAACAAUCAGAGCUGGCUCAAAACGCAUUUGUCCAUUUAUUCCAAAUGAACAAAUCGAAUACUACACUGAUAUAAGAUCUUCAAUUAUUGCCUAUGGAUUACUCGUACGAUUUCGCGAGAAAAGGCGAUAA